AAAACUCAGACCCAGCUUCUGGUUUCGCUUCGCCGUCGUGUACGAUUUGUAACACGACUGUGCGAUUUGUAGCUGGAGGAACCGAAGGUCAGUGAUCACUUAGGGUUUAUUGGAUGAUACUAAAUCAAAGCGUUAGGCUAAUUUUUCUAAUCCGAUUGCUUUAGGUUAAUUUUUCGAAGGUCAGUAAUGAGUUAGGGUUUAUUGGAUUUGAGGUUUCAGAUUUGGGGUUAAUUUCUCUGCAAGGUGACGAGAAAAUCCUAUAUUCACUUCUCAAGAUUUAUUCUCUGAAGAUAUAAAGUCUUAAUCUUUGGAUAAGAAAUGUUCAAAUGGAAAAUUGAAAACUUUUCUUCAGUUGAAUGAAUGAUUGAGCUGAAGAAGUUAAAAGCUAGAAUGGGCAAAGUUCAUUGUCAUGGGGUCCCUAGAAUAUUCGAAUUUAUGAUCCUUUUGUUGUAAAAUAUUAGUCAAGUUGAGAGAUAUUUUACAUUUUGUGGUCACUAAUGAUGUAUUAUUGGAGUUAACCAUCCAAUACCAUCAUGGUUGCUUCUAAACUCACUUUAACUUGAGAGAGAUUAUCUGGAUAUCAAUCUAUCAUGAGGGAAGAGACAGUUUCUUGGAAGUACUUUAAAAGAGAUGUUGUUCCGUUCGCUGCGAUGAUCGCGGUGGAGUGUACAACGGUUGGAUCGAGUACACUGUAUAAAGCUGCUACCUUAAGAGGAUUUAGCUUUUAUGUCUUUGUGUUUUACUCUUAUGUUGGUGCUUCACUUGUUCUUCUUCUACUUUCCCUCAUCUUUGGAAGGUCAAGAAGUUUACCUACAGCCAAGUCUCCUCUCUUCUUCAAGAUCUUCUUACUUGCGCUUCUCGGGCUCACGUCGAAGGUAGCUGGUUGUAAAGGUAUAGAAUAUAGUUCCCCAACUCUUUCCUCUGCUAUCAGCAAUCUUACACCAGCUUUCACCUUCAUGCUUGCCGUCUUCUUCAGGAUGGAACAAGUAGUGUUAAGAAGCUCUGCAACUCAGGCUAAAAUCAUUGGCACAAUAGUCUCUAUAUCUGGCGCUCUGGUUAUUGUUCUGUAUAAGGGCCCAAAACUUCUUGUUGCUGCAUCGUUUACUUCGUUCGAGUCUAGUUGGAUAAUUGGAGGCCUUUUGCUCGGUCUGCAAUUCUUGCUUCUUUCAGUCUGGUUUAUUCUUCAGACUCAUAUCAUGGAGAUAUACCCUGAAGAAAUAGCCGUAGUCUUCUGCUACAACUUAUGCGCAACGCUAAUCUCAGGGACAGUAUGUCUAAUUGCAGAAAAAGACUUGAAUUCCUGGCAGCUCAAACCGGGUUUCUCCCUCGCUUCAGUCAUAUACUCGGGACUCUUUGAUACAUCAUUGGGCUCAGUCAUCCACACAUGGGGUCUGCAUGUGAAGGGUCCGGUCUACGUAUCCUUGUUCAAGCCAUUGUCUAUUGCAAUUGCAGUCGCCAUGACUGCUAUAUUCCUCGGCGAUUCACUUCACCUUGGGAGUGUGAUUGGAUCAGUAAUAUUGAGCUUUGGGUUUUACACUGUGAUUUGGGGCAAAGCAAGAGAGGAUGCAACUAAAACAGUAAGUGAUUCUGAGCAGUCACUUUUAUUGCCUACACACGAGUAAACCUUCUCAUGAAGAUAUGUCGGAGACAAGUGAAAAUAUUUUUCUUAUUUGUUCAUAAUUAUGGUCCCAUUAGAAAAUGAAUCCUUAUUUAUCUUGUAAGUUGUAUGUAUAUAAUCUAACAUGAUACAUUUUUUACUUAGUUGUAUGUACAUAGUCGUGAAAAAUGAUUUACUUAUUUGUUGAGAAAA